GUCGUUGGACAUCGCCGCGCACCUCACGCUGCCUCCUUUGCCUUUUGACCUUCGCACAGCUUUCUAACGCACGUCUACCUCCCUUCUCGCGCCGCAUCUCGUCUUGCACAGUCUGCCAACCUCGACAAGUCGCUCGAUGACCUCGUGUCCUCCAACCGCAAGCCGCGCGCCGCUCGCGGUGGCCGCGGUGCUGGCAACAGCCAGCCGCAGCAGCGCCGCAGCGGCGGCUCGGCCGGUGUGCACGCCAAGGCUGCCGCGCUCGGCCAGGCGUCGCUCGUUCGGCAGCAAGAUCAUCGUUUCCAACCUGCCGAUCGACGUGACGGAGCCGCAGGUCAAGGAGCUCUUCUCGACGUCCAUCGGCCCGCUCAAGAAGGUCGUCAUGAGCUUCCGCGCCAACGGCACGUCGACCGGCACGGUGACCGUCGAGUUCCAGCGCGCCGAGGACGCCAACCGCGCGUACCAGCAGUACAACAACCGCCUCAUCGACGGCAAGAAGGCCAUCCGCAUCGAGGUCGUCGUCGACCCGGCCCGCGCCGCCGCCAUGGCGCAGCAGCAGGCCGCGCUUGCCGCUCAGUCGCAGUCCAUGCGUGCGCCUGCCGCGCCGCGUGCUCCGCGCGGCGGAGCCGCUGCCGGCGCCCGUGGUGGCCGUGGCGCUGCCCGCGGCGGCCGUGCGCCGCGCGAGCCGAAGCCCAAGAAGACGCUGGAGGAUCUGGACGCCGAGAUGGAGGACUACUCGACGAAGGCCGGCGAGGCGAACCAGGCCUAAUGCGACGACUCGUGCUUCUGCCGACGGAGAGCUUCUUUCUUGGCGCCGCCUGUCCCGUACCUCCUGAAUCGAAUCCUCUCUAUGCCCAGCGAUCAA